AUAUAUAUGUUGACCAGGCUGUAGAAUACAAUAAUUAGUCCAUUAGGCCAACAAUUCUCUUCCUCAUAAUCAGAGCAAAAAAAUCUCAUAGCAAUAGAAUGGAGAAAUCAAAAUGUCAAAAACAAACUUUGUUUAGUGUUGCUAAUCUUAAGCUUCCCUCAUUUCAGGUGGUGGUGGUGAAUGCAGAUUUGGGAUGCACACAUUGUAGGAACAGAAUAUCUCAAAUCAUGUCAAGAAUAACAGGGAUGAGGGAGUAUACAAUAGAUGUGGGUAAAAAGCAAGUGAUUGUAAGAGGAGAUGUUAGAAAUCAUCUCCAGGGAAAAAAUGGUGCAGUAAAGAACCACAAGAUCAAUGAACACCAUAGCCGGAUUUUCGCCUUCUUCUUUAGUUUACUGAACUUCCAUUGGAGCACGAGCAAGAAGAUGACUGAUUAAUCGAGAGAACAAAAAGAGUUUGAUUGAUGAACAUUCAUUCAUGGGGUUGACAAGUAUGAAUAUAUCAUGCUAACAAAGGAGUCAAAUACACAUUCUUUCAAAUGUUUAUUUGUUGGGAGUCUUUUGCUUCCAUUUGAUUACUUUGAGUUUCUCCUUUUGUUACUUGUAUAAUGUUUCUAGUUUCUUUAUACUCUGCCCCAUGAUCUUUAUACACAUUAACAUGCUUAACACAAAGAGGUAAGGUGUAGCAUACACACUACCCUCUUCAGACUCCACUUAUGGAAUGGAAUUACACCAGGUAUAUUGUUGUAGUGAACCUUAA